CAAGAUCGUUUCGUUUCUUCAUGACGUGGUUCUAAAUUUUAAAAAAGAAAAAUAUUCUAGAAGAAUAUAAAAAUAACCAAAUGUGUAUUUCCAUUAAAUGACCAAUGAAAUCAAUUCGGCCACGUAAUCUAAGGGUUUGAGUUUAUAAGUCUUUGCUUCUCUUAGAUAUUAUAUUCAAAAAUUUCACCAAAGAGGUUUUCAACGGACUUAGAUUGUUAUUUUGCUAAAUACAUUUUGGACAGUUUUUUGUUAAAGUAUUUCGUGAGGGAAAAAAAGAAGGUACGUCUGCGAAUAACUUUCAUGUUAUUGUUGUUGUUGUUGUGCGUAUCAUAUUCUUUUUUUUGUGUCUUUUUGUUUUUUUGUAAGAAAGACUUAUGAAAUUCUGAAAUUGACAACUAAAAAAAUAAUAGCAACCAUACAGAUGUCAUUUAAUGUUAUGUAUCUAAAAAGCUCGAAAACAAAUCAAAAGCUCCUUUCAAUUUGUCAGAGUUGUAUAAUUGUUUUAAUUUUUUUUCUAAAUAGGUGUAUAUUUUUUUUUAAAGUAAACAACUUUUUAAAGAAUCUUUUCCACAGUAUUCACUUUUUUUGCUGGGAAAAUGUCUGUUUGUAACGCUGGUAAAUGGAUAAGGGAUUAUCAGACAAGAAAUGGCUUACAAGGUAAGCGGGUACGUCGACGGUUCUCAAACCAGAUCUAGCCCUAAUGCACCCAACAUCUAAAAGUAUUUGCUUUCUUCCGGUCCUCCUACUUCUAGAGCAGUGGUCUUCAAAGAGGACACUCACAGGGGUGCUAAGAAACUUCUAAGGGGCGCUGAGAACAGUCUAAAGGGCACUAAGAAUAUUCUAAACGGCACUUAGAACAGUCUAAUGGGCAGUAAGAACAGCCUAGAUGGCACUAAGAACAGUCUAAACAGCACUAUAAAAAGCUCAGUCAAAACAGCACUUAGAGCAAUUUAAAGGACACUAAAAACCUUCAAAACAGCACCAAGAUUAGUCUAAAGGGCUCUAAGAUUAGUCUAAAGGGCACUAAGAUUAGUCUAAAGGGCUCUAAGAUUAGUCUAAAGGGCACUAAGAUUAGUCUAAAGGGCACUAAGAUUAGUCUAAAGGGCACUAAGAUUAGUCUAAAGGGCACUAAGAUUAGUCUAAAGGGCUCUAAGAACAGUUUAAGGAGCGCUAAGAGCCUCAAAGAGGGGUGGGACUGCUGGUGAAAUUCACACCCAUAGAAUUUUAAAAACACUAUUUUGAUUUUAUUUGUUAAAAAACAAGUCCAGGAAAAGCAUUACUGUAAGGAGUUCUGGAAAGGACAGAUGAGAAGAUGUCCAAUUAUUAAAAAUAUGACAGAUGAGCAAGGUGCAAUGGGGAGACAAUGUUUAGAAUUGAACUUAGAAGAGUGGAGUCACCGAAUGAUUUUCAAGCUUUUCAAUGCAUGCACACCUUUUGUUUUCUUUGAAAAAUAGAUAAUGUCUACUCUGGCGAACAAGUAUCUCACCAUGUUACUUAAUUCUGUUUUAAUAAUGAAUUGUCCUGCCUUAGAAAUGUCGUGUUCCUGAAUCAAGUUAGCCAGUUCAUGACCGAUUUAGUCAUUUACAUAUGUUCAAUCAGAAUUCAGGUAAGUUUAUUUACCUUUUUUUUUCUAAUUGUUAUUACAUUAAAAUUUCAAUCCAUUACCAGGUUCUAUAAAUAGGAAAAAUGUAGUACUUUCAUACGGACAUGUAGAGUGGUCUGCAUUAGAUUUUGUGGUAAGUAAAUAAGCACGUGGUUUUAUUUUUUUUAUAGAAAGCAGUUAUGACAAAUCACAAACAUUAAUUUUGACAUUUUUGAUUUUAACACAAAAAAAAAUUCUUAGAGACUGUUAGAAAAUCAGACUCUACCUGUAACUUCAACGUCGAAUAGUUUAAACUAAAUUCUAAAUUAGUUUUUUACCCUAUUGUUUUUAUUUAAUAUCCCAAAUCAAGCUAAGAUGAAUUUCUUGCUAGCCAUUGACGUCCCACAUGUGUGUUUCAUGUCCAAUGUGAUUACUGUAUCUUUGUGUUUUCGUGAUGCCGGGGAAAUCGGCCUUGCCAAGCAGCCUGGCAGUGGCAGUCGCAGUGGCAGCUUUUAAAUCUAGAUACUCCACAGUGCCCUAUUUAAAAAAAAAAAAAAAACACAGGUUAAAUGAAACGUUGAACUGAUUGAGGAUACUGUAGCGCUUAAGAACGGGUUGAAAUUGGUUAAACAUGUCUUACAAUUCAGUAAUCAUUAACGUCAUCAUCCUUUUUUUCUUGUCUCUGGCAGAAAUGAUCAUGGUCUUUUUAUUUUUUUUAUUUUUACCAAUCUUUUUUAGUCCCCAAGUCUCCAUUUAAUCCAUUUUUUUUUAUUUAUUAGCUCUGAUAUUAUGUUUUGGUAGCGCUGAUUGAUGCAGGUAUGUUUUGAUUUUGCCUUGAUAUUCCUUGUUUAGCUAGUAUGUAACAGAUGCCUCAUUUCCCGAAUAUUGCUUUGUCGCCUUAUACACUCUGCCCCUUAAUCCACUCUUUCCCCUUAGUCCCUCUGUCUCCUUAUUCCUUUGCCCUCUUAUCAAUUCUUCCGCUUAUCUAUUUUGUCCCCUAAUCUAUUUAUUUAUUUAGGCAUUGUUAUAUGGCGCUUACCUAAAGCUCUAAGCGCUUUACAAUUAUUAAAAACAUGUAAACUAAGUAAAAUAAAAAUGAAAAACCAGAGACACUAGGAUAGUAACUACUAUACUAUAGAAACAAUUAAAAUGGCUAUACAACGAGUAGACAUUGGCACGUUUUGGCCUAUACUACAGGAUCAACCCGAGACAGAAAAGGAGGCAGGGCAAGGAGGGUGCAUCACAGGUCAUAGGCGGACCUAAACAGAUCUAUUCUGUCGCCUAAUUUUUUUCUGUCCCCACUCUAUUCUGUCCCCUGCCUUUGAUUAGGUAUAUCGAUUACAAAUUAUUGUCACUAAUCGGUGGUCACUUAUCCAACCCUUUCAGGAUAAUCAGACUUAUCCAAUGGCUGGAAAUGAAGGACGUGUUUUUACUACGGAGAUUGGAACUGAGGUGGAAAUUACCUCUGGGAUGCUGAGGGGUAAAGUAUUUUGGUGAUUGUGGUGGUAAUCUGGGGGGUGUACAUACUAGACCCUGUUUUGUGUCUAAGCGGGAUGGGAGGGGGGAUUGGAAGUAAGUGAUAUCAAUUUUUUGUUGUUUUGGGGUAGAGAUUAGAUCAAGGCAUAGAGAGUAUAUAAAUUAACGUUUCAUUUUGACAGGACUUCAUCGUUAUGUGUCACUUCCGCUUAACGGCCUUCCAUGGUACGUCACAAAUCUGGUCAAUGACCCUAUAGAAAUUGAUGUCGCAAGACGAAAAAAUUACGACACAGACGAGUGUGCAUAUACAGUGGGGGAAAUACAGCUCGCUAGGAAUCGCUUUGGUAAGCAUGCUUUAAUUUAUGUCGACACGUUUUUGCACUAGACCUGUCCGUUAAUUUGUGCAUCCAGAACUUGAUUAGUUAAACAGUAAAAUUUGACAGAUGAAGGCAAGACUGGAAUACAUUUUGGUAAAUUAUAUGACAGCUUUACCGAUAAUGUAUGUUUAUGAAUCAAUAUUCAUGACACAAACAUCAUUUCUACCUUCUACAGUUUUCAAUUAUCUUGCUUCAUAUAAAUAUAAAAAAUAUAAUUACAAUUUUUCUUGAAGGUUUAAACAAAAAUUCCAGAGGACAGGAUGGAUUUGAAGUAAUCGAUAUUAAUUUUACCCACCCCCCCCCCACCCCAAAAAAAAAAAUUAAAAAAUCAAUGUUUUCUUUAGUAUAGGUGCUAAAUAGAACCGCAUUCCCACAGAAGUAUUAACUUCAUUUAUUAGGAAUAUUAAAAUUAUUUAUAAGAAAUAUAAACAUCAUUUAAUAGGAAUAUCAACUUAGGAAUAUCAACGUCAUUCGUUAAAAUAUUUGAGACCCAUUGACAACCUUAACAAUAAGGACAGCUGAUUUUCCGUGUUUCCAUCGAGUUUGGGCUUUUGAUCAAAGUCGUGUUCUCCCAAACAUGAGUUUGAUUGGCUCACAAUUUAGAGUUAAGCACCGUAGUUCCAAAACUAAUUCAAAUGAAAGCAAAAGAAGCUCGAGGUCUGCUAUGCAAACUAAUUCCGUGCAAGAUUCCUUGACAAGAGUUUGUUGACUAAUCAAUCUUUGCAGAUUCAGAUUGUUCUUUAGUCAAUCUUAGCAGACUCAGAUUUUCGUUUAAUCAAUCUUAGCAGACUCAAAUUGUCGUUUAAUCAAUCUUAGCAGACUCAGAUUGCUGUUUAAUCAGUCUUAGCGGAAUCAUUUUGUCCACUUAAUAUCUUAGCAGACUCAGAUUGUCGACUAACUAUCUUAGCAGAAUGGGAUUAUCCUCUGGGCUAAGCUGGGAGCGUCAAAUUGGCCUUGUGGCCUCUAUGGCACUGAGCCAAAAGAACACAACUGAGCCUGAAGAAUAAUUGCAAUGCUCCAUUAAAUAUAGGUUUUGGUCUGACUUACGGAUAUGAGCUUAUGUGACCCACGGGACAGUGGCUCAACAAAAUUUCGUUUGAGGACCACUGCUCUAAAGCUUUUAUGGUCUCUACUUCAAAUUUGAAAAAAAAAAACAUCUUUAUAAAUCCAAAAUAAUUGAGUGUUUAAGAUUGUCGUUUUUUCUCUGUUAGCGACUUUCAAAUGCGAUGUACAGUUGAAAGGAUAUGUCAUCUUCAACACUUCAAUCUAUGGUGGGUCACUCCAGAGUGCGGAUGAAGUUGAUAUACGUGAGAUCGUCAGGCAUACAUCCUGGACCUUGGAGGGAGAAUGCACAUUCCAUCUUGGCCUGAACGACAGCAUCGUCUGGUAUUAAGAAGUGAUUGGGAUAUAACCACACAUUGAUUUGGAUGGAGUAAAUAGUGAUUGGGAUAUAACUACACAUUGAUUUGGAUGGAGUAACAUAGUGAUUGGGAUAUAACUACACAUUGAUUUGGAUGGAGUAACAUAGUGAUUGGGAUCGAGAUACGUAGCGAUUGGGAUAGAGUUACACAGUCACGGGGAUAGAGUUACACAUUGAUGGGAUACAUAUUGUCUGGGAUAGAGCUGCACAGUGAUUGGGGUAUAGAUACACAGUGAUUGGGAUAUAAUUACAUUGUGUUUGGGAUAUAGUUACUCGGUGAUUGGGAUAUAGUAUUGUGUUUGGGGUAUAGUUACACAGUGAUUGGGAUGUAGUUACCUAGUGUUUGGGAUAGAGUUACACAGUUUUUGGGAUAGUUACACAGUUAGGGAUAGAGUUACACAGUGAUGGGAUAGAGUUACAUCUUAGACGUUGGCUUUAAGAUUAUUAAUUGCUCUCGUCUGUAUGGUACAUGUUUUCAGUUAUGUGUGGACUGGAAUUUCAGUGUAUUUUUUUGUGUGUUUUGUUACUGAUACUGUCUUUUAAAAAUAUCAUGUAUUUUUUAACUCAAGAGCAAGAACACAUCUUUAUUAUUAUUUUUAUUUAUUUUUUGGGGAAAAUUUUAAUUAAUUUUUUUUAAAGUGUUCUUUAAUUUACUCAACACCCAAGAUCGUGGUAUCAUGCACUGCCUUGUUGAGUUACUCAUAUAUGUUUAACUAACAAAAUUAUUUCUAGAUGUCUAAUGUAUAAGUAUUAUUGUUUUAUUAUUGUUGUAUUGUUGGUUUAAUUAAUGCUUCAAUAUCUGGUAACAUAAAUGUAUAGGGGGUUUUAUGGCCGGGGG